AUGGAAGCAUUCCUCGGUAUCGUGUUUCCGUGCUGCUUUUCAUCGCGUCGGCGCUCGUCCUUGUCGGGCACUUCGGAAAGUACACCGCUCUUGCACGACGCUCUGCAUGCGACUGCGUCAUGCUCGCAUUCGGUAUGCGAUCAUGGCGUACCGACGAUUCAAGCGGAUGCACGGCGCAAACGGAAACAAAACUCGGUGCUGCCCACCCCCGCAUACGACGCAGUCGUGCUCAGGGAUAUCAUGGAUGAGUUUCUCAGUAAGCUCAUUUCGGUAGACGCAUCAGCGCGCGGUGUAGCUGGCACUGGCGAAAAACGUGCACGCAUCCGCACAAACCUCUUAAGCACACUCGAGGAUCGCGUAGCACCGUCGAAAGCCAAACACGUGACACCGAUACAUACACUUGGACCGACGCUCUCACGCUCGUCGACACAUGCACAUGAGCCCAAAUUCGUCGAUAUCUGGUGCGACCACGACUCGUCGGCACCACCACGCACCGCUUGCGCUCCAACCACAGGCGCUCACAGACUCAACUACUCGGCCGCUGCGAAACGCGCUGCGCUCAUCUCGCCACCACCCUCAAAGAAACCUCUCCAAAAACGUCCGCCUCCCCCACAUCCCAAACCUUCCCUUGACGACCCCACAAUCAUCCAACAAUCCACCUACGAGUCCUUGUCCCUCUUGGCUCGCUCAAAACCGCUCGUACACGACUGGACUCUCGCAGAUCACGAUCCUCAAUCCUCCACUUGA